UGCGCACUGGGCAUCCGGCUGUCCCGACGAGCGCCCACACUACAGAAGCCGGGAAGACAGCGCGCGGCUGGAUAAAGGAACAGGGAAGAUGAAAAAAAAACUCUGCGGAAGUAAGAGCGGGUACCUGUCAAAUUCAGGUACCCUCUCCCCCCCUGUCCGCUGUCCGCAGUCUCUGCGGGACCUUACCUGUUCCUCUAUCCAGCGGCGUGCUGUCUUCUCGGCUUCUGUAGUGUGGGCACUGGGCAUGACAGCCGGGUGCCAAGUGCGCAUGCGCAAGAAGCGGUGCUUUUUGUGAAUUGUAAGGCGGUACCUGGGACACAUGACAGAUCCCAGAAGCCGCCGGACCA